CAGCUGAGAGCAGCAGCAUUCCUCGGACUCCUCACAGCUCCUCUCACUCCUCCUGCUCUUCAGGAAGAUCUCGGACCUCCUCGCUUUUCAGGAACUUCUUUGUCCGUCUGCAGAAAUGGCCCUGAUCCAGAAUAGUCCUGUUCUGCUGCUCUUUGUCGUGGCAGCAAUUUACAUACAGCUUGACCAAGCCCAGAACACUAUACCUGGACGUUGUUGGUGUCCCAAAUCAGUGAAGUUCACCAAGGGCAACAUGACCGAUUUCCAGGUCCUUGAGAGGCAUCCGGGGUGUGACAAGACCGAACUGAUUGUAACCAUGGCAGAAGCAGACAACUCCACUGCGCAAAUUUGUAUAAACACUCAGGGAAAGAUGGCCAAGAAUUUUCUCAAAUGCUGGGAAAGGAUAAAAAAGGAGGAGAGCCGGAAGAUGGAGUGCAUCAACAAAAGGAGAAAGACCGAGUGACUUUCACAGGGAACUGGGGGGGUGAGACGGAGCACGGGUGGGGGCGAGGGGGAGGUUGCAGAAUGAGAAUCUGGCCACACUGGAGAAAGUCCCCCAGAGGUCACAUGAAGUCUGACUCACCGAGGCCCACUGUGCUGAAAGCAGAGCUUUCACCACAUUCCUGCACUGGAGAAGAUUGGGAAAUGACAGUGGGAGGGAGGGAGAUGUUAAACAGCUGUCAAAGGAGAAAAAAGGGGGUGAGAGGGAGAGAGAGACGGCUUCAUUUCAAAGGAGAUAACGUCACUAAUGUACAGUAACUAUUGCAGCGAGUCUGUUAAAAUGCACACAUAAUAUUUGCCAUAUGUUUGUCAUACAAAAAAUUAUUUAUGUGGAUCUAUUUAUUGUCAGAAUGGAAUUAUUUUUUUCUAAAUGAAAUUAAAGUGGAUUUUAAUAAAACUAAAUACUUUCA